AUGGUGGUUCGUAGAACAGAUUUGUAUUCGAAAUCGUGUUUCCUUCAGAUUCAGGACGGCGAAAUCGACGGUUGGGUUCUGGUGAGAGAACUUGAUAAAAUGUCAUCUUCUAUUGUGCCACUUGAGUAUCCCGAGAGAUUKAUYCRAAAAUCACCAUCGGUGGAAAGAAGCUUGCAUCACAAUUGCAAGUUGGAUGACUUUGAUAAGAUGGUCGAAGCUGUUGGUGAAGAGGUUUUCAAUGACAUCAUGAAUAAUCAUGGUGUUGGAGUGAUUCUAAAGCUUGCUUUAUCGAAGAUGAUAUGGACUGGGAAGCCUAUCCAAAAUAUCCUUGGGAACCAAUUGGCCAUUGACAGGAUGAAUGAGAUUUGGGUUUUGGUUGGUGGUCGUCCGAUGAGAUUUUCUCUACAUGAGUUCGCGGAGAUCACUAUGAUGAAGUGUGACCCAUUUGAUGAUCAAGAUAUAUUGGAUCUUGACCACACUGAUUUGUGGAAGGAUAUGAAGGUUGACGCAGGAAUCGCGCCUGGUUGGGACGAUAGUAGAAUCCCUCUCAUGGCUGCGAAAAGAGUGUUGGAUCUACAAGCGUUUGAGAGGUAUCCAUGGGGCCGUGUGUGCUUUAGGGAGCUAGUGCAUUCGAUAAAUGUUGCAUCCUUGGGGAGUGGAAAGUUGACAAUUCAUGGGUGUGUGCAUGUAGUGCUUGUCUGGGUAUAUGAGUCGGUUCCUAUACUAGGAGAGAAAUUUGGGAAUAAAAGAGAAGAGCCAAUUCCUCUCCUAAGUUGGGGUUCAAGCCGCGCUAGCUUGGAGAGGGUUUUGGAGGAGGAUAAGGAAACCAAUGGAAAGGUUCGUAUUAGACAGUUGGUGGUGAAACCUUUGGAGGAGAUAUAUCCUCCAUUGGAAGGAGACAAAAAAAAUAAGAAGCUUGAUAACAUGAUACGAGAUAUUCUUGCUGGAUACUUGGAUAAGUCUUUUUGGGAUGUUGGUAAGAGGAAGAGGAUAGUGAAGAAGGAAAGCGAGGAUGUUGACGAUGUUGACAUGAGGAUUCCAUUAAAAGAUAUUGUGAAGAAAAAGAGAAGGACGCAUCAAGAGAGUCCUAGUGGUAAAGUAAACGUCUCAAAGAAGAAAAGAGAAGAGAGUAGUGAAGUGAUUUUGCUGCUUAGGUCAUUGGCGGAUAAAGUGGAGCUAUUGGACCAGAAGUACGAAGGCAUCAAAACUUGGAGGACAUCACUUGAGAACAAAAAAGACAAGGCAAAUAAGCCAAUUGAGCUAGAUGCACAAUCGAAGCAGUCAUGGAAGGUAGAGCAGCAGGCAACAUCCAAGGCUGAGUUCCCUAUUAACUGUGUUGUUAGAAACAAGAAAGUUGAGACAAAGGUGUUGACAAAUGUGAAAACUGAACCACUUGCUCCGAAAUAUAAGAAGAAGGACAUGUAUAGUUAUUUUGUUGAUAUGACUAAAGAUGUUCAAGAGAAGAAGGAGAAGAAGGCCACUGUUGACGUUGUUGAUAUCACUAGAGAUGUGACACCUCCUCGGAAAGGUAACCAUCUCUCUUCGGUGCCAUCUUAUUCUGACCAACAGGAAGAGAAGGUGAACAAAGCAUUGGGAGGUGCAUUAGAUAAGCUUCUUAGCUUGACAAAGAAUGAUGAUUUCGGUGUCCUCAAACAUCGCAAACUAACUCUUGCAAAAACCCAAGUUGACCCAUUCAUAGGAAGCUCUAGAACUAUGCGGAUCAUGUGUGGUGUAACUGCUUCUUCUGCUGUCUAUGAUCCUUUUGUACAGGUGGAAAAGCGUAAACUGGAUCGGUUGGUUGAGUACGUGAAGACUGAUUUGUAA